AUGACGUCAACGGCGGUGCGCAGUACUCGAUUAGGCCUCGCAUCCGAUACGAGACGAAACGGCCCGGUCCAUUCAUCCCAUCUGCGUUGCUCUCCAUCUUCUUGCGAUAGCAUCUGCUUCGCGUGGAGUUGCCCCUGACGCGAUGGACUCCCGAGAAGUUCGAAUUGGACUUGCUUCGCUUGUACCUCAACAUCCCUUAGCUCGUCCUCGACUAUUUCGCCGUCUGGCCGGUCGGUAUCGGCGCCUUUUUCCUCAUCAUCGGGCUCUCCAACUUGAGCUUGCAGGUCGUCGCCUACUCCGAUCCCGCUCUACGUGAAGCUUCGACGACUACCCGGGAUAUCCAAAUCGUUGAGAUUGGCUCCCUUCGAACCUCGCGAAUACCCGUCAAUUUUCCAGAUGCGGUUAGCUUGUAAGCCUUCUCCAACUACUGGCACCAACUCUUAGGCAACCUUUCCGAGUCCUAGCUCUCCACACCGCCAUUCGGGUCAUGACACGGGUCGUAGGCAAGAAUUUUCCCCGAGCGAUGGGCUUGUUCGCAUCGUUGCCUUGCCUUGUCGGCAGUGGCUGAACGAAGACUACAUGACUCCAGCGGAUGCGACGUCCUGGACCCGUUACAGUUUCUAG